UGAGAAGGCUUUAUAGCAGCAGUGCUGUGCUCACUGCUGCAUCAAGCUGAAAAAGAACUGCAACCUCCAAGAAGCAAAAAUAAGAAACAAGCAUCACAUUCUCAGCAGCUAUGGCAGAUGCAAGCUUCAAGGCAAAGUUUCUUGCCAAACAUAAUGAAUACAGGAAGAAACAUGGAGCCCCUGCUUUAAGCAUAAGUCAAGACUUAUGCAGCUCUGCACAGGCCUGGGCUGACCAUCUACUCUCCACUAAAGCCUUGCAGCAUAGUAAUAGCAACAAUGGAGAGAAUCUCUAUUAUUUUCGGAGUUCUUUACCAAAGAAGCUCACAGGAGAGGAGCCUGUGGACAGCUGGUACAGCGAGAUAAAAGACUAUGAUUUCGGUAAACCUGGAUUUGGAUCCAACACAGGACACUUCACCCAGGUUGUAUGGAAAGCAACCACAGAAGUUGGAGUGGGUUUGGCCACUGAUGGAAGCACUGUCUUUGUGGUCGGGCAGUACAAACCUGCUGGAAACAUAACUAAUCCAGGAUGCUUCAAAGAAAAUGUUUUGCCUGCAGAAAAAAGAACAGACUGCAACCACCACGAGGCAAGGAGAAAAACACGAUUCACAUUAUUAACAGCUAUGGCAGAUGAAAGCUUUAAAUCAAAGUUUCUUGCUAAACAUAAUGAGUACAGAAAGAAACAUGGUGUCCCUGCUUUGACCAUAAGUCAAGACUUAUGCAGUAUGUCACAGACAUGGGCUGAGCAUUUACUGGCCAAGAAAACCUUGCAGCACAGUAAUACUGAUGAUGGCGAGAACGUUUAUUACUUCCAGAGCUCUGCUCCAAAGACAAUUGAAGGAGAUGAACCUGUGGACAAGUGGUACAGCGAGAUUAAAGACUAUGAUUUCAGUAAACCUGGUCAUCAACCCAACACAGGACACUUUACCCAAGUUGUCUGGAAAUCAACCACUGAAGUUGGAGUGGGCUUGGCCACUGAUGGAAAAAUUACCUUUGUCGUCGGUCAGUACAAACCUGCUGGGAACAUAACUAAUGAAGGAUACUAUAAGGACAAUGUUUUACCUGCAGACAAUUAAGUCAGCUGGAGAAAAAAAAUCUAACUAAGUAGAUUUGGAUUUCUGUUAAAAACAUAUUACACCGCACAGAAGUGCUUAUAAUUUAGUGCAGUAAAAUAACCUUUUAUAUUCCUUUAAAUUUUUUGAAAACACAUUUUAAUUAAGUCAUUAGUAAGGUAAUUAAUUCUUAUUAUUAUUUAUAAAUAAUGUACUGUAAAGCACCCUGAAGAACAAAGAACAUUAUUUUUUCUUGUGGAAGAAGUAAAAAGAAAACAAAAAAACAUAAUGUUUACUUAUAUAAGAAAAUAAUUUAUAAUAAAAAAAAUGAUUCAUUGGUGUAAUAAAAACAACACACUGUUUAAGUAAGCAUUAAUUGAAUUCAAGAAAGGACACAUUGCUAUAGAUAUGGUUUUCAUAUAAAGACUUUUAUAUAAAAAUUUCUAUGAAGAGAUGAUUGUUUAAUUUAAAUGGAGAAUGUUAAAAAUUCUAAAUUUCUGUGAAGUGUUUUAAAUCAAAGCAUUAAAAUGGAGGGGGAAAUACUAAAAAAACAAUCAUGCAUCUUUGGUAUCUUUCUAAUAAAUAUAUUCUGUCUAUUUGUCUAAUGCAUUACAUUAAGCAGUAAAAAACUUUGUACUCUAAUGCAUUUGUACUCUAC